CUGCGUGUAGUCCCCACUCUCUCACACCGUCAAAACACCAACUUCUUUUUACUUUGUAGUCUAGAGAGAGAGACUCGAAGCGAAAACUCCCAACCAUUUUUCUCUCUUUCCGAGACUGAAAGGGGUUAUAGAGAUCGAUUCGAAUUCCGGGUUUUAUUCUUUCAGUUUCAAUAUAUUCUUCGAUAUUUUUUAUUUUUUUAUUUUAUGGUAUUCAUGAAGGUCUGAAUUUUAGGGAAAUGGAGUUCGUGGGGAGAAAGGUGAAGAAAGAGUUUGAAGGGCACGGUACAUUCUUCGGUUCCGUCGAAUCAUAUGACGCGUCAACUGGGUUUUUCAAGAUCGUGUACGAAGACGGCGAUUCCGAGGAAUUGGACUUGAAUGAAAUUAGUUCUCUGUUGGUGUCUCCCGAGGGACUGGAAUUGGCUCGGGAAGCGCAGCCAUCCUUCGUGGAGGAGCCCACCAGAAGGCUUGGCCGCAAACCGAGGAAGCGGAGCCACAUAAAUACAGGUAAAAUUGAUAUUUCGGUAUUAGAGAGUGGUGUUUCUGGUAAUCUAGGUGGGGGUUCUGGGAAAAUGGAAUUGAAUGAGGCUGGUUUUAAUUUGAAUGAAGGGUUGGAUAUAAAUGAUGAUGGGUUUAAUAAUUUGAAUGAUGACGAUGGGGGGAAUUUGGGUUAUAACUGUGCUGGUGGUGGGGCUAAGCUGCAAGGUGUGGAUUUGAAUGAAGCGGUGAAUUUGGAGUUGAGGAAUGGGGGUAUGGAUUUCAAUGAAGGGGUUUCAUACGACAGGUCGGGUAAAAGGAAAGAAAUAAUUGAUUUGAAUUUGGAUGUAAAUGAAGAUUCUGAGAAUUAUAGUCCCGAGAAAAAAAGGGUUUGUCUUGACUUGAAUUUCGAGUUACCAGAGAAUGAGAUUAAGAAUUCAGGUAACACACCGGGAAAGUUUGGGGAAAAUGAAAAUUUCUGUGCAGAAGAAGAUAAGCCAGAGAAGGAAGAGAUUCGUGGGGAUGAUAAGGUUAUUUUAUUUAAUGUGAAGGGUGAAAAUGGAAAUGAGAAUAUAAAUUUAGAAAAAAUAGGUGUAACAGCGGAGAACUGUGCCGGCCUAGUUGACUUUGAAAAUGAGGUUCCUGUCAGUGUGCCAAGGGGCAGAAGGGGUAGGAAGAGAAGAAGGAUCUCGGAUGACAAUAUUAACUUGGACGUGCCACAGAUGGCAAACAUGGAUGGAAGAAAUGUGAAUAUAAACUCAAAAGACAACUACGAAAAACCACGGGAAAGUGGUAGUGGUGUACUUGAUUAUGAUAAACAAGUUCCUGGAAGUGCGCCAGGAGGGAGAAGAGGUAGGAAGAGAAGAGAUGUAUCUGAUAAUAAUAUUACAUCUGCUACACCAGAAACAGGAUUGAGAAGGAGCAAUCGCAGAGUGAAUAGGGAUUCUUUUUCUGGUCAAGAUCAUGUUUUUAAUACAGUAGGGAUAGACAGAGUCAGUAAUCGGCUGUCCUCUCCAGCGAUUAGUUCAGUUUGCGAGGAAAAGAUUGAAGUGUUGUGUCGUAAAAGAUCUGAGGAGGAUGUUCUUCCGCCAAAGGUGGAGUUGCCACCUUCUUCUGGAAAUUUGGAUAUAAAUGGUGUUUCUGCAUUUGAUAUUCUUUCUGUUUAUGCAUUCUUGAGGUCUUUCAGUACUUCACUGUUUCUAAGCCCAUUUGAGCUGGAUGAUUUUCUGGCAUCCGUGAAAUGUAACCAUUCUACAUUAUUGUUUGAUUCCGUUCACGUUUGCCUUUUGCAAACAUUACGGAAGCAUUUGGAGUUGCUUUCCAGUGAAGGUGAUAUGUCUUCGUCUAAUUGUCUCAGGUCUCAUAAUUGGGAUUUGCUGGAUUUGAUCACAUGGCCCGUGUUUGUUGUUGAGUAUCUGUUAGUAUACAGUUCUGGAUACGUCUCUGGUUUCGAUCUCUGUCACUUGAAGCUUUCUCAGAGUGACUAUUACAAACUACCUGUGAUGACAAAGAUUGAGAUACUGCGGCGCCUUUGUGAUGAUGCGAUGGAUGUAGAAUCCAUCAGGUCAGAGAUUAAUAGAAGGACAAUGGCAACCGAACGACAAGUGGAUUUUGAUCGGACUAUGAAGUCUGACAGCUCCAAGAAAAGAAAGGCGGUAAUGGAUGUUGCUAGCGGUUCUUGCAUCACAGAGGAGGAUGUUGAAGAAACUGCAGAUUGGAACAGUGAUGAGUGCUGCCUAUGUAAGAUGGAUGGGAACUUAAUAUGUUGUGAUGGUUGUCCUGCGGCAUUUCAUUCCAGAUGCGUAGGAGUUGUCAGCAGCCUCUUGCCAGAGGGGGAUUGGUAUUGCCCUGAAUGUGCAAUUAACAAGGAUAAGCCUUCGAUGAAAGCAGGGAAGUCUAUUCGAGGAGCAGAAUUGUUGGGGAUGGAUCCUUAUGGCCGACUAUAUUAUAGCAGCUGUGGUUAUCUGUUGGUGUAAGUUCCUUUCUUUAUUAAAACCAAGAAAAUUACAUAUAUUUGUU